CCGUGCAUUCUGCAUUUACGCGGAGGCCGUGAACGUGCGUGUAUCGUUUCGUACAUUUACUCGGAGAAGCCCACUUUACCGAUCGAAGGUUAGAUCGUCAGCCGACAAAGCUGACGAGCUUUCGAGGAGAGCUUGUUUCUGUGAGCGCGAAAACUUCCCUAUUGGUGGCCCUACCCUAUACGGUUCGUAGGUGCACGGGUGUUGGCUAUCGAUCCCUCUGUCCCGAUUUCCUGCAUGUUCAUUGGCGCCUCGGUUGCUAACAGUGCGUCGUAUGGUACAGUGCGGGCUCCGUUCGAUCAGUGCUGUGGCCUUACUGUUACGCUCAAGAUAUUUGUGCAAUUUUUCCCGUUACCACUGGGUGAUUCUUUCUCGUACGGACAAGAACGCGUGUCUGACGGAUUUUUUAUUGGUGGUGGUUGGUCUGCCGGUAUCCUUGAAAAACAAUGGAGGAGUGAUCGUGUCUAUACUCUUCUGGUAUUCUUCAUCCCCCAUGGGCAAACAGCACGAUUCAUCGACUGGCAACGAAAACAUUAAAAACGAACGAGCUAGCCUAGGAUCAUGGAAUUCUACGACGUGGGAAGCAGCGACCUUAGGGAAUUGUGGGAGUCUUACCUCUGUGAACCGGGCCUCGGUCAGGACAUUUUACUGGUGGCCAAGGAAGAAGAAUGGGGUAAUGGAUUGAGCGUAAGAGACAAGUCCUCUCUAGGAGUGGUGUUGAGGGACCGUUUGAUGACGGACGCCGCCCUCGGAGGUCCACGACCGAUUAAAUCGGAACACAAUUACAGCCUGUUGGCUUCCAGCCCUCCGCCAAGCCCCGCGACACCCGGUGCCAACCCUCACACCCCUAACUCCGGAUCGUCAGCCGAUAGGGUUGGCGCGUCCCUCUCGAGUACCACUUCCUCUAUCGAUUCGAGCAAUUUGGAUCACCAUAAAUCGUUGGACAUUCGUAGCAGAAUCGACGACAUGGAGGAGGAGUGUUUCCCGGCAAUAUCGAUGAACACCGCAUCGGGACGCGGUGAACUCUCGUCCUCGACGUCGUCCUCGUCUACCUCAACAAUUAUUCUAAAGAGAAGCAACAGUCUAGUACCUGAAGAGAUGGAGUGCACCGAGAUCAAAGGAGAACCGAUCAGCGCACCCAAUAGUCCAUCGGAAUCUUGUCAAACGACGAUAGUCGAGGACAAAGGCACGAUAACAAUGAUGUUCCCUCAAAGUCUACAUUUUUCCAAAAACCAGCUGGCACAGACCAGCGACAGCGAAGAAGAUGACGAGGAAUAUUAUCAGAGCAUGGAAGUGGAAGAGUACAACGAAGCGAGCUGCGACGAAAAGCCAGGGAAUUUGCACGCUUCCAGACAAGGUCUACCGCCAACACCGCCCAGCAGUGCAAGCUCCGACAGCGAGGGCACCGCUUCCGCUUCCUGCUCGCCGGAACGACGCGACUCUCAGAGCUCCGCGCACGCACAGAAUCUCAGGGGUUUGCUCACGCCCAGGCUGUACGUGACGAACGGUACACACACAACCAGACAGCCCAUACACACACCCUUGAUUUCCUGUCAGCCGAAAGGAUCUACCGGAGUCCUAACGUUGACCGAGGAAGAAAAGAGGACGUUGAUCGCGGAAGGUUAUCCAGUACCUACGAAAUUGCCGUUAACCAAACAGGAAGAGAAGUCUCUGAAGAAGGUUCGCAGGAAAAUCAAGAACAAGAUAUCAGCGCAGGAAUCGCGACGGAAGAAGAAGGAAUACAUGGACGGCCUAGAAAGAAGGGUUACCAUGUUGACCAACGAGAAUUCCUCGUACAGGGACCGACUAACCGCCCUCGAGGACACGAAUCGCGAGUUGCUGAAGGAACUACAACGUCUACAAGCUUUGCUUCAAAUGCAGAACUCUUAGAUCCCCUAUUUUUCCCUCGUAAACUUCGAGCCAAACGAUAAAAUGCCAACGAUAUCAAUCGAAAUUCGAUGUCGAGACAUCGAUAUGGUCCAAAGGUUUCUUAGAGAAAGAGAUAAAUAUAAUUGAGGAUAGUUUGAUCAAGACUGGAGGCUAAAAGAGUCUCUGACCUCCUCGUUCGUAAUACGGUGUUCCUGAUCGUCGAAAUUAGAACUGUUCUUUUCCCUCGAUACUGUUUUAUCGAACAGAUUCGACGUCCUGUAGCUCGUCUAAUUACAGGCGAGUUACUUAUUUUCCAGGGAACAGUGCAAUUCCUUUACAUUCCUGUAAAGUCUUCCUCGCGUAGAGAAAAUGGAUCGUGUAAGUAUUUUAAAGGCUCGAUCUUUGCCUAUGAAUCGACGUCGUCUUCCCAGAGGAAUCGAUGAAGGUUUUUUAGUACCGGGAGUGCCUUGAUUCGAUGCUUCUUCCCUUGUGAAUAACCAUUAGAAUAUUUUUUUCUUUCCCUCUUUUAAUAUUUUUUACUUUCUAUUUUUGAAUGCUUAAGGAAGAUCGUGACAGACGUCAUUUAGGAAGUCUGUAACGCAAUUUAGAAGAAUUUUUUAAUAUGAAAAAUUGGGGUCAUCGAUGAAACAAAUCAAGAAAAUCCUAAAUAUUAAUUUUGUAAAGUAGCAAAUUGAAAAAUGAAAUCUUUUUCUACCGUAACAUACAAUGCAUUAAUUUUGAAAUAUUUAAUAAGAAAUCAGAUUCUUAGCGUUUUUAUUUCAAUAUAAAAUAGCAGAUAUCGCCAUUGAGUAGAACUAUUGAUGACCUACCAAUCAACAAACUGUAUUAGCAUACAUUAUUAUUAAUUAAACGAAGAUCGAAUUCUUGUUCCCUCUUUUAUAUGCUUACGAUUAUUCGCCACGAAGUUCGAUAAACGAGGUAAAUUAAUCAUCAUCGAUCGCUAAAGUAUUUAACAAGAUUGAACUGAACGUUAAAGGUCUGCGUUGUUGAUGUUUAAUCCUUCGAUUUUCGUCCAAGAUCGAUCGUGAAUUCUAGGAGUAUUACACGAUUGAUCGUGAUCGAUAGAGAAAUAUUACUACGUUUAGAAAAUGAUUAGAAUAUAAUUAAUUCGUGACGAAAAUAGAUUUGUACAUUGUAUUUGUGAAACGAAUAUCGUUUGUCGAGCCACCUUUCGUUACUGUAUAAGCUCGUUCCAUUAGAAUUUUAAGGAUAAUGCAAUUGAUCUUCUUCGAAUAAUAAAUGAAAUGAAACUUUUCAUAUUUUAUUCUAUAAAGAGUAUCGAUUCGAUCAACGGCUUAAUUAUUGCGAAAAAUCGUCUAAUUUAAUUUAAGUUAUACAACGAGAUGAUUACGAAUCUUUAUGCAAUUAUAUUGGAAUUUACUAAACAAGUACUGUCUAGAAUAAAAUAAAACAUUGAGAAUACCGGAAGUAAACUGAUUGUUUAAGUAAAGUUAACUAAUUUAUAUAUUUGCAUAAAUAUCCGUGGUCUAAUUGGGAGAAUCAUUUCGAUGCAUCGAAUGCCAUGCAAGGAAGACAGAAAUUUUCUAACAUAUUCUUUGGGAAAGAAACAACUACGCAACGGAUAAAGGAUCACUCCAAGUAUUUUUGGAAACGAACCAGCGUUUUCCGUAUAUUUUCCUUUGCUAUUUAAAGCUCGAAGCUGAAUCUCUGCGACGUAAAAGCGCUUUUACACGAAAUUCGUUAAAUGUUCGUGUUAUGAAGCUCACUCUUCAUCUUCAUCCAUAAAAUUCAAAUCAAAUUUUCGAUUCUACAUUUACCUUGCAUGGCGCGAAACUGAUCAAACCAGAUCCUUUGUUCCAUGAAAUUGUUAAAAGUUAAGGUGCUGUUGAUAGUUUGUUUAACAGAAAUAAAAAAUGAAAAAAAUCAUAGGGACCAGUUCGUGUUGUACUGUGUACCAUGAAAAAUCGUGUUCGAAAAUCUUUUUCAUUCAAGAAGAGGAUCACAAAUUCGUGUAUGUACAAAAUGCCAAUUCAAUGUCGUUCCAUCGCGAACACACGGAAACAUUAAAAUUUAAUAUAUUCUAUAAACGAAGCUUUAUAUAAAUAAUUCUAUGUAUACAUACGUAUAGAUGAUAUAUAUAUAUAUAUAUACAAAAUAAGAUAUUUCUAUAUAAACAGAUAAUAUAUGUAUACACUACGCGAAUUAAGUACCAUACACAUUCGGUGUGCUAUCAUGUUUGUGCGUGUAUGUAUGUGUGCAUGUGUGUGUGUGUUACACAUCAGCUCGUUAAAUACGAAAUUAUGUCGCGUCGUUCGUGAAAUUCAUUACACGCAUAUAUUUAUCCGCAAAGGUUCGAUUUAUCCUAUUAUCUGUACGAAUAAGUGUCUACGCGAUGGCAGUGAGCGAAGCAACGUGGUCGGUGUAGCACAUCGUUCGCGUUCACUUUCAAAACGUGUAUCACGAUGAAUAAACACAUGUGACUUAAUUA